CGAUAUGUAUAGACAUCUCUCACUUCAUACGUCUCUCUCUCUCUCUCCUGCCAUUGUUCAUCUCUCCAGCCGCGCGAGAAGCUCUGUCGACGGCAUUUUUUCCUGAAGAUGGAAAGGUAUUCUCUUGAAGAUGAAGAACUCCCACCAGGAUCCCAAGCCAUAGUUUAUGUGGCCAAAGACAACUUGACUUCAAAAACUAUGGCUUUGAAGAAAAUUGCUUUGGCCGAGGAGGGGGAAAUUCCAAAGAGUGUAAUUCGAGAAGCCUCACUGUUAUUGGAUCUUCGACAUGACAAUAUUGUGAGGUUGGACCGUGUAUUUGUUGCUGAGGACUCCGUUUACUUGGCUUUGGAGUACCUCCCGAUGGACUUGAAUACUCACAUGGCAUGGCAUGAUGAUAAGUACCCAGCUUUAGCCAAGAAAUUUCUGAAGCAGAUUCUUUCCGGGGUGUCUUACUGCCACUCCCAUAAAGUUUGGCACAGAGACUUGAAGCCUCAAAAUGUGCUCGUAGAUACGAGAAAUGAAGCAAUCAAGAUCUGUGACUUUGGGCUUGCUAGGGGCUUUGUUAGCCCUAAUCUUGCCCUUAGUCCUGAGGUAGUAACACUUGGUUACCGUGCUCCUGAAGUCCUAAUGGGGUCCGGUCAGUACUCGAGUUCUAUUGAUUUGUGGUCAGUGGGCUGCAUAUUUGCUGAGAUGCUGACUAAGGAACCCUUGUUUUAUGGGACUUCUGAAAUUGAGGCUUUGGACGAAAUUUUUAGGUUGUUGGGUACUCCCACGGAGGAUUCUUGGCCAGGAGUGUCUUCGCUUUCAGGAUUUCCCAAUGAAGUGAUUCAGGCACAGCCUGAGUAUUUUGGAUCUGUCACUAGACACCUUGAAGCUGGUGGAGUUGAUCUUCUUCAGAGGCUUCUUUGCUUGGACCCAGACAGGCGGAUAACAGCAGAAGCAGCUCUGGCUCACGAGUAUUUUACUCGUUGAUAUUUUUUUAGCGUGAGGUUGCUGAUUCAAAUCAUAUUGUAAAGAGUUUGAACCCAUUGUGAUUGGUUGGCUUGGGAUGAGGGUAAAGUAGGUUCUCCUAUCGUAUGAAAACAAAAACAAAAACAUCAACAAAAAAAUUCACGAAUUACUGCAUCAUUGAUGUCCUUAUCGAA